AUGCCAAAUAGAACUUCGAAUAUAAAAUUUCAAAAUUUUAAUAAGAUUUCACCAACAAUAACAACAAAUAUAAAUGAAGAUAAUUCAAUAAAUACUAAUCAACAAGAAAACAAAGAUUUAAAUAUGAAUUUACAGUCACCAAUUCAUCAACGUCGUUUACCAUUACCAAAUAAAUUAACAUUUGAACAAAAUAUAACAAAUCUUAUUGAAAAAGAAUCCCCAUUAUUACAAUCAGAAUUAUUAACUACUGAACAUGAAUUAUCUGUAUUUCGUUCACGUUUAGCUGUUAAUGAAGGUGUUACAGCUGUAACAGGUACAAUACUUGAAUCACUUAAAGGACAUUUUGACUCGAAUCAUAAAAUUGAUGAUACAAUAUCAUCAGUUGAUAAAUAUAAAACAGAUAUUCUUCAAAAAUCCACAUCUAUUCAAACAUCACCAAUUACUGAAAAUUUACCAGACACAAUUGAAAUACAUUAUGAUGCUGAAUCACCUAAAAAUCCAUAUCUACUUGUUAAAGCAAUAAAUUCUUUUUGGAUUGUACAACCAAUAGAUGAUUGUGAAGUAGAAAAACAUUUAAAAAAAUUUUCAUCACCAAUUAUGAAACAUGCUGCUAUCAAACUACCAGACACAUUUCAUAUAAAUAAUUAUAAUUUUGAUGAUGAAGAAAUUUUUAAAGAAAAAUUACAUGAAGAAACAUUUUCAUCUUUAAUUCCAAAAAAAAUAACAAAUAUUGACAAAGACAAUAAAACUAAUGAUUCAAUAUCCGAGAAAAAUGAAUGUUCAACAAACAAUCGUCAUGAACAAUUAGUAGAAAUAAAAAAAAUACAUUCAUCAUCAUUAUUUCAAUAUCAUGAUCAAUUUGAAAAAUUUGAUGAUAAAAUUGAUGAAAUUUAUUCAAUUAUUGAUUAUUUAAAACAUAAUAAAUUAACAUCAACAUCAAUUAUUUUAAAUAAUCUUCAUAUGAAAUUAAAUGAUUUAAAAUUACUUCUUCAUGAUAUUCAUUUAAAUAAACAAGAUGAAUUACGUAUAGAUUAUGAAUUAGAUGAAUUAGAAAAUUUUUUUAAUAAAACAUCUCAACAUGAUGAUUAUAAUUUUAUUGAAUUAUUUGAACAAAAUCUUCAUGAAUUACAAUAUAUUAUUCAAGAAAUAAAAAUUUUAAAAAAUCAAUCACAACAACAUUUCAUAAAAACUAUUAAUGAAAAAGAUAAUUCAAAUAAAUCAAUAAUUACAUCAAAAACAUUACAUAAACGUCUUAUACCUGAAAAUCCCAUUGUAACAAGUGAUAUAUUUUUUGAAGGUAAUAAAAUAUCAAAACAAAAAAAAUCUCUUCCAUCAAAUCCUAUUCGUUUAAUACCUGAAGAUGCUCAAAUAAAUGCUUCAAGUUUUUAUGAAGGUGAUAUACAUCGUUCAUUAUAUCAACAUACAGAACAAGAAAAACAAAUUAUUGAUAAUACAAAUAAAAAAAUAUCUCUUAUACCUGAAAAACCUUAUAUUUCAAGUGAAAAUUUUUAUGAAGGUGAUCCACAACGUUCAAUGUUUAUUGAACGUCCAUUAUUAACACAUUAUGAAACUUUAUCAUCAUCAUUACCAAGAUUAUCAAUUGAUAAUCUUCGAGAAAUUAUGAGUGAUUUAAUGCUUGUUGCAUCAUGGUCUAAAAAACCAACAAAACUAAAAACUCAACAAACAAAACCUAGUACGGAAGUUCAUGCUGAAUCAUUUAUAACAACUGAAAAACGACAUUCAAACUUAUGUGAAAUUACGCAUGACAUUGAAAGUUUUCCUUUAUCACAUCCUUCAAUAUUAAUUGAAGAACAAGAUACAAUAUCACCAGUAAAUAUCGAAUUACGUAACGAACAAAUAAUUGAAUCUUCUCAAAUGACUGAACAAAAAGAAAAUUUUAAUAAUAAGAUAAUUACUGAAACAUCUUCAAAUGAAAAUCAAUCAAAACCAAUAUCAACUAAUACUGAAUUCACCAUUGUAUCUUCACCAUCGUUCAAACAAAACAAUGAACAAAAAUUAAUUAUUGAAUCUAGUUCUUCUAUUCCUUUAGAAUCAACUAUCAAUGAAAAUAUGUUAACAUCUUUACCUAUAAUUGAAUGUAGUUCUGAACAAAUUGAAAAUAAUUCUUUAACUUAUGAUCAAGAAGAAGAUAUCAAUGAAGAAAAUUUACAUGCUUCACAAUCAUUUCCAAUCUAUGAUGAAGACUAUAUGAAAUCAUCUAAUUCAUCAAUAAGAUCUUAUGUACAACGUUCAAAUAUUAUUUCUAAAACUAUAACAUCAUAUCAUGAUGAAAUAGAAAAUGAACAUGAAGAAGAAGAAGAUAUUGAAGAAAGUCAUUUUCGUCCGACACAUCUUGAUAUGUAUUCUGAUGAACAAAUACAAUAUGAAAAUCAUCUUAUUGAAACAUCAAAUAAUCUUGUUGAACGAAUUUUAAAUGAAGCUAUUUCAGAAAUAAUUGAAUAUGAACAAAGUAAUUUAUAUUAUCAAGCAGCAAUUCAAAUUGUUAAUGAUGUUAUUGAAAAUAUUUUUCUAAACUAUGAUAAUGAAUUUAAUUUAAUUGAAUCAACAUCCAUUAGUAGUAGUACUACUACUAAUAGUGAUAAUGAAAUAAAAGAAGAAGCCGAAGAAUAUAAUGAUAAAUAUUUAUCAUCAUCUGAUGAUGAAGAAAAUGAAAAACUAAUUCCACAAAUAUCUGAUCAACCAUAUUUAUUUGUUUCUGAUGUAAUUACAUCAAAAUCAACACAAGAACUUGGUAAUCUUGUACAAGAAUUACAAACACUUGAACAUAAAAUUUUUCAUAUUCAUUCAUUAUCGUCAUCAUCAUCAUCAUCAUCAUCAUCAUCAUCAUCAUCAAGUUUAUCUGAUAAUGAUCAAAUACCAUCAUAUGAUUUAUCUAUUCCGAAAAUAGUUGAAACAAAAUCAAUUAAUGAAUUAACAAAUCUUGUUAUUGAAUUAGAAAAUGUUGAAGAAGCACUUGAAGAUAAACUUGAUUUACCUACAAAUAUAGAUAAAUCACCAAUAUCAUCGAAAUCAUUUAAUGAACUUGGUGGUUUAAUUAAUGAAUUAAAUAAUGUUUCAAAACAAUUAAAUAAUCGUAUACAUGAAGAAAUUUUUACAUCAACAAAUAUUGAUUCAUUAUCACAAGAUAUAAUUAAAUAUCGCCGUGAUUCACUAUCAAAUGGAAUUAUUCAUAGUCCACAUAAAAAAGAACAACAAUCAUUAAAUUUAAUAAUAUAUGAACAAGAUUUAGAACAUAUAAAACCAAUAUUAGUUAAUGAUGUUGUUCUAAAUCAUGAUCAAUUAGAAUAUGAACAAAUUGAAAAUCAAGUUGUACAUGAUUUGAUUGAUAAUGUUAUUAAAGAAGCACAAGAUAUUAUGUUAUCCGAGUUAUUAUCAAAUGUUUCUCUAACAAUUGUUAAAUCUGUUCCAACAAUUAUCGUUGAUGAAAAUUCGAAAUUAUAUCAACGAUCAUCAAUAACAAGUAUAUCUGAUGAUUUAGAACUUUCACACGGAGAUUAUACAGUCGAUAGAACAAUAGAAUUAGCUGCACAAUUGGAUUAUCUAAAACGUAUGUCACGUUAUGAAAACUUAACAAAUCAACAAGAACAAAUAGAAAAUUCUCAAAUUAUUCAAGAAGAAAAUCCACAACAAUCAAAUAUCAUUCAUGAUUCAACGAUGAUAAAUCAAGAUUCUCUAAACCAACGUUCAACAGAUUCACUUGAUUAUCAUUCAAUUGAAAUUGAAUCAAGUCAAUUAUCUACUGGACGAACAACAAGUGAAAAUAGUCUUCAUAGUGCAGUAUCAUUACCUACAUACGAUAGUCAUUCAUUAUCAACAUCAUGUUUAAUUGAUAAUAAUGAUGAUAAUAAUAAUAAUCAAGAAAAUUUAUUAAUUAAAACAACUGAUAUCAAUUUAUUUGAUCAUGUUAAAUCACUUAUUAAUAAACCACUUGAAAUUGUACAUGAAAUAAUAGAAAAUCAAUUUAAACAACGGAUUAAUGAAUCAAAUAUAAAUAAUAAUCAAAAUAUAGAUAAUAAUGAAAAAGAAUUUUUAACAACACAACAACAACAACAACAUUUUCAAUCAGCAUAUGAUUUACAUGAUGAAGAAAAAAGUAAACUUGUACGAAGUCCUGAACUUUAUAAUAUGAAAUAUGCUAUUAAACAUAAUAAUCAAACAUUAUUAAUUAAUUCACAAAUACAACAUCGUACAUUAUCAGAAUCAGCAUUAACUAUUGAUGAUUUAAAACAUCAAAAUUUUAAAAAAACAACUAAUGAAAUAUCAAAUGAAUAUUUAACAACAAUAUCAAAAGAUAAUUCAUUAGAAUCAAUACAACAACAUCGUCUUCCAACACCUUUUGAUGAUGUUAUUGAAAAAGAAUCAAGUCCAGAACAUUCAGAAUCAUAUAAUAUACCACUAACAGCUUUUUCUGACGUAUUAGAACCAACUAGUAGUUGUCAACGUCCAUUAGCAUUUUGUUUAUCUCAACAACAACAAAUAAUAACUGAUGCCGAAUAUCGUAGAGUUGCUAAUGAUUUAGUAAAUCAAGUAUUACAAGAUGUCAUUUUAGAAUUGACUGUCGAACAAGAUGAGUCAUCUUCAAGUAAUAAAAGUGAUAAAUUAUUUACAAGUAGUAUAUCAUCUGAUAAUGAUGAUGAACUUCGUGAACAAGAUGAUGAAAUAAAUAUACAAAAUCAAUUAUCAACUUCAUCAAACUUAAAUAUUUCUUCUCGUUUAUCAUUUGGAAAAGUUUUACGUCGUGCUCAAACUGAUACUGAAAAUUUUGAAAUCAUUCAAAGUCCAAAUACAAAAAUUCCAUCAAUUAUUCGUCGUAAUUCUCAAUCGGAUACUGAAACAUAUUUUCGUUCAAUAUCAUCAUCAAUUAAUAAUUCAACACAAAUAAAACCUUUGUAUGAUAAUUCAAGUUCAGAUGAAAAAUUGACGAAUAAAAAUUCAACAAUAUUAAUUCAAGAAAAUGAAAAAUAUUCAGGUGAAGGUGAAGAAAGUAGUGGUGGACAACAACGAAUUGUACAACGAAGAAAACGUUCAAAUGAUACAAUGUAUAUAAAUGAUUCACCAGGAAUAAAAAAUCUUCCAUUUAAAUAUGAAUUUAAUGAUAAUUUCAAACGACAAUAUAGUCUUGAAUCACCAUCAAAAGAUUCAAAUGAAAAAUUAAUUCUUAAAACAUUACAAGAAGGUAUACUUCGUACAAAUUUAAAAUCUUUUCAAAUAGAUUUAGAUUUAAUUAAUCAACAAGAAGAAAAUUCUUAUGAACAAAUUUAUUCAUCAGCAACAACAAAAACACUUUCACCUUAUUAUGAUUAUGAUGCCGAAAGUGAAACUGAACGUGAUGAUGUAAAAAAAAUUUCUAUACAUAAUUAUAUUGUUUUACAAAUAUUUCCUAAUGAAGUUAAUUCUAAUAAUUGUUCUAUAAGAAAUAUAUCAUCAGAAUUAAAUCAAAUAUCUUCUUUAAUUGAUAUUGAUAUUAAAAAUCUUCUUGAUGAUUUAAUUGACUCAAUAAAUGAUGGUAUAUCAAUAUCAAUAUCAAGUGAACCAUUAUCAUCACAAUCAGAUGCAACAACAGUUAUAUUUAAUUCAAUAGAUGAUGAACAACAUAUUGAAAAAUAUCCUUGUAUAUCGAGUCAUAAUUUAAAUCAAAAUAAUCAACAAUGUUUAACAAUACCAAUAUCAAGUACAUCAUCAUCAUCAUCACCAUCAUCUCCAAAUCAUUCUGUGAUAUAUUACCAACAGGAUCAUUCAUCACAAAUACAAAAUAAUUUAAAUCCUUUUGUAAAUACAAAUCCUAAAAAACAAUCAUCAAUACCAUCAUUGUCUAAUGUCGAUUUACUUAGUCAUGAUACUAAAACAAAAUUUCGUUCGUAUCCCGGUUCAUUAGGAGGUACUGAUAUACCUCCUUCUUCUAUUGAAUCUAUCCUCAACAAUUAUUGUUCAACGACAACAACAUCUACUACUUUGCCUAAGUAG